AUGGGGUAUAAUGAGGUCAGCUGGGCAACAAUCGAUGUUCUCUUGUUUGGAGAUCCCCAGACCCGCGCGAGGGACCGAGGAGUAGGCCCGCAUCGCAGCUGCCCUCGAGCGCGCGGCCAGGGAGCGUCGCGGCAGCCGGCUUCUGCGGCGGAGCCGGGGGACGGAACAGCGCGCCGAUCCCUGAGCGGGCGUGAGCUGGGGGCGGUGCCGGGGCGGUGGGGCGGGGCGGGCGCGCGCCCCGGCGGCUGCGGCAGUUGCGCGCUGGGAUUGCUGCCGAGCGGCGGGCGCGGUGAGUGCGGCGGGGCCCGCGGGCGGGGGGAAGGAGCGAGCGGGCGGGUGAGGGGGUGCGCGGCCGAGCGCGCGACCGGGGCGGGGGCCGCCGCCUGUCCCCGCUCCCCAGCCCGGCUGCCGCGCCCCUCAGGCCCCUCUCCGUUCUGGCGCCCGCCUGCGCGCCCGCGUCCCCGCACGCCCCUCAGCCCCAGGUCGCCCCCGCCUCGGAGCAGCCCCUCGUUCCGCGCCGCGGCGACGCCCUCGGCCUCACGUCACGGCCGCGCCAUUGUUUCCCGUCUGUCGGCUUGCCGGGACGCGCCGCCUCCUCGGAGCGCGGCCCUUCGCCUCCGCCGAGCCAGCCUCGCCGGGACCCGCCCGUCGCCCGCCUUUCUCUUAACGCCGGGGCGGCCCCCACCCCGCUCGGGCAGACACCCCUUUACUCAGUUCUGCGUGUUUCUUCCGGCCGACGCCGGGCUUCCUCCGGUCUGCACCCGGGGCCCCUCACCCCCUGCGCGUCCCCGGUCCCCCGCGGGGAGCUAG